UAGAGUGAGGCUAGUCAAGAUAUCUUCAAAGCCCAGUGGACAUGAAACUACAAGGGAAAGUUGCAAUCGUGACGGGUGGUGCCCAAGGAAUAGGACGAGGAUUUGCAGAGGGCCUACUCAGGAAAGGUGCAAAGGUUUGUAUCUGUGAUAUCAAGCAAGCUACUGGAAAUGCUACUCUCGACAUCUGGAACAAACAGUUCGGGAAGGACUGCAGUAUGUUUCUGAGAUGUGAUGUUACCGACCAUGAUCAAUUUGAAGGUGUGAUGAAGAAAGUGAUAGAAAAGUUCGGUGGAGUUGACAUUCUCGUGAACAACGCUGGAGUCAAUGGAGAGGAGCCUGAGAAAUGGAGAAAGACAGUUCACAUCAAUUUGGUUGGUGUGAUAGAAGGGACAAUGCUGGCAACGACUUAUAUGGACAAGACCGCUAGUGGGCGCGGAGGACUCGUGGUAAACAUAGCAUCGGCUGCAGGCCUUACACCAGUUUUCUAUAUACCAGUCUACACUGGAUCCAAAUAUGGUGUUGUGGGUUUCACCAGAAGUAUGGCAGCGGACCCAAGAGUGUUUGAUACAGGUGUAAGUUACGCAGUACUUUGUCCAGCAUUCACGGACACUAACAUGUUAAAUGAGACUUAUAUGGCUCAAACUGAGAAUAAGGAUAGCCUUAGGGAGAUUAUCACACUUGCUGGAAAGAUUGGAAUACAAACGGUAGCUGAUGUUGUGAAUGGCUUUCUUCAGUUAGUUGAGGCUGAUAGUAACAACGGUGAUGUUAUGGCUGUAUCUAAACAAAACGGAAUCCAGUAUAUAAACAGACAACGACAGAAGCCUCAGGAAAACAAGCUGUGAUUAAUGUUGACCAAAACUGUGAUAUACUACACUUAUACAGAAAUAAUCUAUUGAUAAUGAUUAUCGAUUUAUAUAAUUUGAUGCAAUUGUAGACUAAAUCAAGUUGGUCUUUUUUGAUAGUUAUCAUGGUGUAUGUGUCGGCUUAAGAAUCAUACCAUCAUGGUUUACACUUUUUUCAUUGCCAUUUAGAUGAUGAAUGUUGCUGUGAUUUCAUUGUAUUGUUGCCAGCACGUGCUAUAUGUAAUACUCUCUGGGAAUGAUAAAUAAAUCCCAUCUUAGGGGGUCACAGAGAAAUAGCACCCUAGGGGGUCACAGAGAAAUCGCACCCUAGGGGGUCACAUAGAAAUCCCAACCUAGGGGGUCACAGAUAAAUAGCACCCUAGGGGGUCACAGAGAAAUCCCACCCUAGGGGGUCACAUAGAAAUCCCAACCUAGGGGGUCACAGAGAAAUAGCACCCUAGGGGUCACAGAAAAAUCCCACCCUAGGGGGUCACAGAAAUAUCCCACCCUAUGGGUCACAGAGAAAUACCAUAGAAGGUCACAGUGAAAUCACGUCCUUCAUAUAAUAUAGGGUGAAAAAUCCUGAGCAGCUAGGUAAAAUGGGAGACAAAUCUGUAAGCAUUGGUAGUGAUCAAUAAUUGGAGGAAUACUACCACAUGUUACUUACUUAUGUUUUAAGCCCAUUGGUCAUUAUAAUCAUGAACUCUCCAACAAAACAUUACUUUUUGAUGCUGGACGUUUUUCACAAGACAUUGCCUCAUUUAUAUCAGUUCUGGGUUUUCAGUUGACCAUUUUACAACAUGUGUAGGCCCGUGAGCCUGAGAUUUAUAUUAUGCACGUAUUUAUGCAAAAUAAAUUAUCACACAAAUCAGAAUACAAUAUUAUGAGAGUGUAACCGAGUUGAAAAUAUUCUUAUAUCAUUCCAGAAAAUAUGCUUCUAUCUUUGCUUCUUAAAAAUGAUUGUAAUUAUAUUGGCAAAAUUUUGUAGUAUGCAAAAUAUGUUUUUACACAAUUAAAUUAUGUAGCUCAGUGCCUCCUUACUUUGAUAGUGCUUAUUGAAAAAAAAAAAUCAUGUAGAAAGAUUAAUAUCUACCACUAACAGUAACAAUUUUCAAAACACACUUGUCAUAUACUUAUUGAAACAAUACUAAUGCUACAUUGUAAAAUUUAAGAUUUGAGUUGGGUUUUUUUAUUUGAUUUACUUGCUGAUAUAUUGUUAAAUUGUGAAUAAAUAGUUAGAAUCUUAUUUGAAUUAUAUUUGUGAAGAAAAAUAAAGAAUUAUG